CCUCAAAAUCUUUAUCAGGCUUUCUUCUCUGUGAACAUGAAAGUGGGAAAUCGUACCAUCCUGACUGAAUUCAUCUUGGUGGGCUUCUCAACAGACCCCCAGUGGCAGCUAACUUUAUUUGGAAUAUUUCUGACAAUCUAUUUGAUAACCUUGUUGGGGAACAUGACCCUGGUUGUCUUAAUUCGUAUCGACUCCCACCUGCACACGCCUAUGUACUUUUUCAUUGGCAGUCUGUCUUUUCUGGAUUUUUGGUACACCUCUGUGUAUACUCCCAAACUCCUGGUCACUUGUGUCUCAGAAGAUAAACGCAUUUCCUUGGCUGGGUGUGGAGCCCAGGUGUUAUUUUCCUGUGUCGUCGCCUACACUGAGAGCUAUCUCCUAGCAGCCAUGGCAUUUGACCGCCACAUGGCAAUCUGUAACCCGUUACUUUAUUUAGCGACUAUGUCCCGCUCUCUGUGCACUGGGCUCGUUGCUGGCUCUUACAUUGGAGGGUUGCUGAAUGCCAUCGCCCACACUGCCAACACUUUCCGCCUGAGUUUCUGCGGUGAAAAUAUCAUUGACCACUUCUUCUGUGAUGCACCACCAUUGGUAAAAAUGUCUUGUACAGACACCCAGGUCUACGAAAAAGUCAUGCUGGGCGUGGUGGGCUUCACGGUCCUCUCCAGCAUUCUUGCCAUCCUGAUCUCCUAUUUCAACAUCCUUCUGGCUAUUCUGAGGAUCCGCUCGGCCUCAGGAAGGUGCAAGGCCUUCUCCACCUGUGCUUCACACCUCAUCUCAGUCAUGCUCUUCUAUGGGUCCCUGCUCUUCAUGUAUUCAAGGCCAAGUUCCACCUACUCCCUGGAGAGAGACAAAGUGGCUGCCUUGUUCUACACGGUGUUCAACCCAUUCCUCAACCCUCUCAUCUAUAGUCUGAGAAACAAAGAUGUCAAAGCAGCCUUCUGGAAAGCAACUCAGACUGUCAGGCCAUGGAGUUAG